AUGGUCCAUGAAGUGGAUAUAGCCGAAAUACCGUUGAAAAGAAGCGAGGAAACGUUUGUAGAUGAGCCAAAGUCAUUAUUGGAUGUCAACGAUAUCGAAUUAUCCUUCGACCUCAAACAUAAAGUCAAGAACAUCAACUCAUUGCAUGUCUUCCAUGCGAUUGUAAUACUACGAAAUACAGUUGAAGUGAUUAUAAAGCUCCAGGAAGAUCCACAACGGUUCCAGGAUUACAGAAAUUCACAGUUGGCCUUGUUAGGAAUACAAAUAGAUGAUAGUGGAGUCCCAUACAUCGCUGAUUCCAACAGCAACAAUCGCAGCAACAAACCUGACAUGACUACCCCGCCUCAUUCACCUCCACUAAAAAUUGCCAAAAUAGUAAAGGAGGACCUGUCCAACGACUUCUUGAAGGAUGCAACUCCAGAGUCUACCGAAUUGCUAGACGACGGCGAGUCUGUGAACGCAACUACCUCGCUGUACAUACCUAUCGAGUUACUAUUGAAGGAAGAAUUUACCGAGGUUUCUGAACCCAUUACAGGGUGCAGCAGUAAACGCAUCUACAGAGAGAUGCAAACGACUCGCAAACAGAAAGCAGCUGCUCAAUAUUCGCAUCUUCUCAAGUCAUUCAAUUUAGCCAGUGAACCAACUAUUUCUGUUGAAAGUUUCCUCAUGAGAAUCAACACUUACUCUUCUUCUACAUCGGUUCUGGUUUACAUCCACGCAGCAUUCUUGAUCUACAAACUAGCUGUUAUCAUGGACGUGCUACCUCUCUCCAUGUUUAAUGUGCACCGAGUAAUCCUUUCUCUGAUCAGAUGUCUGACUAAAAAAUUAGAGGAUGUUUACCAGUCACAAACUAACUAUGCUACGGUAGUGGGUGUUUCCAAAAAGGACUUGUUCAAGUUGGAAGUUGGGUUCUUGUUUCUCUGUAAUUUUCAACUUGUAGUUGGAGAACAAAUCUUGAAUGAUUUCGUAAAACUGGCAUACGUUGAUCUUUUGCAUACGAACGCUAACGAAUAA